GUCUGUCUGAUUGAACUAACAUAUCCCAACAUAAGCAGAAGUAAGCAUGCAGCAUCUUAACCCUAACACGGCAAGACCUACCUCCCUCCGUGACGCCACUCUAGCCGAGCGCCAAAUACAACUAGAGAAAGAUGAAUGGCGCCAUAUCCGAAAUGCCGCGGAGCGACGACGACGACAAAACAGAUUAAACCAACGAGCUUACCGAUAUCGCCAACACAAACGCAUCCAACCACCCCAGAAUCACUCAUCACAAAGCGAGGUCCAACGUCUCGAGAAGUUCGAAAUGGCAGCCUACCAAUGCUAUAUACUGGGCCAACCUAGCCCCGACCACCUCCUCGCCCUAACCAAAGCCAAUAUUUGCCGCGCCUUCGUACACAAUCUCAGUCUUCUGGGCCUACAAGUCGAUGGCCUGUGUCAAGCAGAUGUCCUCUCCCCAUUUAACCAUAUCGGCCCCGCACGACCUGGCCCAAGACCCCUUCCGGUAUCUUUACGUCCAACGGUGAUGCAGUGUAGAAUGCCGCAUCAUCCGUGGUUGGACUUUUUUCCGUAUCCGAGAGCACGGGAUAACCUGAUCCGUAGGCUGAACUAUUAUGACGAAGAUGAAUUCUGUUUGGAUAUAUUGGGUUUCUGGAAUCCGGAUGCCGUGGAUAAUAUGUUGAUGGUGUGGGGGGAGCCGACUGAUCCGGGGAAUUGGGAAGUCACUGAGGGGUUUAUUAAGAAGUGGGGGUGGGUGAUUCAGGGAUGUCCGGAUAUUUUGCAUCAUACGAAUAAAUGGAGGUUGAGGAGGGGGGAGAGUGUUAUUAUGAGGUAUUUGUGAUUUUCUUUCCAUUCAUAACUUGUUUGAUUUGUG